CCGGAUGCGUCUUCGCGCAGAACCCGGAGAUGCGUCCGCCUCGCCUAAAGCAGGUGUUGGAGACCUCUGUCCUGGGUGGAGCAGGUAACCUCCCCGGAGGAGAUCCGGUGCCCCUCUGCCGAGAGGGACAGUCCCAGACAGUCUUACUGGAUACGAGCUGCAGCCCCCGCCACCUUGCCGACUCUUCCAGAAGUAGCUUACCACCCUGCUGCUUCCUGAAACUGUUUGAUUGUGCAGUUAUCGCCCAUUCGUGGAACAGUUGACAAGGUAGGCUUCCAUUUUACAAAACAGGUUCAGUUUCAGUGAUGUUUGAGAACUCGGGCUUUUUAGAGAUCGGUCCUGUCCACAGAUCCCCACUGCCUUUAUCAUCACAGCUAUCCGGCUUCCUUUGACCCCUUCCGCAAAGUUCAAGCUUCCCGCCGUAGAAACCAAGAUUGGUCUACCUGUUUGCUCCCUUCUCCUAACCGCCAGGACAUUCAGAUAAUUACCAGAUGCACCUACGAAUGAACAAACUUAAACUGCGUGGAAAAGUGAGGAUUCCAAGCUACAGGGAAGAGGAGGGAAAGGUGGAUUCUGUGACAGUUAAUGUUGGUGGUCAGUUGAUUGGAUCUGGAAUCAAGGAGAAGGCAAAACUGCUGGGCACUCCUAUGGGAUUUCCUUGGUCAGAUUAUUUGAAGUGGGAAUGUGCACAAUGCCUUCGGGUAGUAGCCCAUACAAAAGGGAAAUGGAAGAAGGAAACUGCUUGUGGCCCGUUUGCCUUCGCUUGCUGAUAAGUCGUCUGUCCGGUUACUGCACCGUGGAGUUCAUUUGCUGACAUUAGAACCAGCCUCUUCCAGCUUCCAACUCAGACUAAAGACCAACAACUCCCCUGGCCUUCAGCACCGGAUUGGGAUUGCUGAGACACUCAUCCUUGUGGACUGAGCAACUACCAUUGUUGGCCUGCCCAGGCAGUAUCAAGUAGCUUCAUGGCUGCUCAAGACGGUUCACAGGAUUCACAGGAAACUUCCUAUCUGCUCCCUCCGAACCCUGAGGACUGGGAGGAGCAAGGCAUCCCGGACUUUGUCUAUGGACAGAAAGACCUCGUCGGGAAGGGAAUCCAGUGGCCAGGGAAUGCAAACCGCACCCUGGACUCACUGCCACGGUCCCGCUUUGACUCUGCCCUCUGUUCUGCGUGGAGGCAGCGAGUGGAGCUGGGCCUCUUUCGAUACCGCUUGGAAGAUCUGCAGACCCAAAUCCUCCGUGGCUCCGUGGGCUUUGUAGCUCAGCUGAAUAUAGAGCGAGGAGUACAGAGGAGGCCACCCCAGAAUAUCCAAAGUGUGAGGCAGGAGUUUGACCCCGAACAGUUUAACUUCAAUAAAAUCCGACCUGGAGAAGUCCUUUUCCGUUUGCGACGAUGGGAGCCGGAUGGCCCAAAGCAAGAGGACAUCCUUGUGCUGAUCAAUGUCAGCCCCCUGGAGUGGGGGCACGUGCUGCUAGUGCCUGAGCCUGCUCAGGGGCUCCCCCAGCGCCUGCUGCCUGGGGCACUGCGGGCGGGGCUUGAAGCUGUGCUACUGAGUUUGCACCCAGGCUUCCGGGUCGGCUUCAACAGCCUGGGAGGUUUGGCCUCUGUGAACCAUCUCCACCUGCAUGGGUACUACCUGGCCCACCCACUGCCUGUGGAGAGCGCCCCAAGCACACCUCUAGACCCAAAGGGCUAUAUCCAUCUGCUGCAGGCCCUCCCAGCCCCUGGCUUCCUCUUUUACACUAGUGGGCCAGGGCCUGACAUGGAAGGCUUAAUUCGCAGGGUAUGCCGGGCCACUGACUAUCUCAGUAACCAUGAGAUUGCACAUAAUUUAUUUGUGACCCGGGGCGCUCCACCCGGGCCAGCAUCAUCUUCUGCGGGCCUCCCUGGGCUCCGAGUCAUCCUGUGGGCCCGGAAGUCCAGCUUUGGAAUCAAGGAAAGUGGGGCUUUCAAUGUUGCACUCUGUGAGCUGGCUGGCCACCUACCUGUUAAGACAUCCCAGGACUUCGGCAGCUUGACAGAGGCAGCUGCGGUGGCCCUCAUUCAGGACUGUCUGCUGCCCCAAGCUCGGGUGGAAGAGGUGCAGGCAGCGCUGGUGGCCCUGAUGGCCCAGGAAGAGCUGUGAUUCUUCAGGACUUUCUUCUUUCUUGAUUCGAGGCCCUUUCCAAAGGCUGCUAAUCUCUGGUAUUUGGGCAUCUCUUGCAUGGCAGCCUUCCCAUUGCUCAGCUCAAGGACUGAGUAUGAAGACAACUCUGAAUGAAUGUAGUCCCGGGAAUGUUCCAGCUGCUUCUCCCCUCCCUUAGACAAGCCCCAGGGGUAACAGAUCUACCAUUAAGGGCCAGACAGAUCACUCCCUGGAGAAGAGUGCUUGCUGCCAAGCCUGUAGACAUGAGUUCAGCCCGUAUGGUCCAGGUCGCCCUCUGACUUCCACACACACACACACAAUGGCACACACACACCCAUACAUGUACACACACAUAAAAGUAAAUGUAUCUCAAAGUACAUGUGCAAGGUGGUGGUGGUACACACCUUCAAUCCCAGCCUGGGGUGGGGGCGGGGGCAGCAGAGGCAGGGAGAUCUCCGUCAAUUCCAGGAUAGCCUGACGUACAGAUCAAGUUCAGGGCAGUCCAGGCUACACAAAGAAGCCCUUUUUCAGGUGGAGGGCGCGUAAUUAAACAGGAGGUGUGAGAGUUUCCCAUGCCUGGCUGCUAUCUGGACUUUGUCUUUUGGUGAGAAUCACUGGCCUCUGUUUGGUGGGUUAUGGGUGCACCCAGCGACUAUUCCUUAUCUGACCUUUUCUCUUGCCCUUUCCCCACCACUGACUGCCUUUUUUUUUUCCCUAAUAAAUGGAGUCUGCUUUGUUGCCCAUGCUAGCCUCAAACUCCUCAAAGAACUAACUCCCCACCUUAGUCCCUGAAUCGCCUGGAUUCUAGCUUUGCCUGUGGCUGGCUUUGCCUCUCCCCUGCACUCGGCACUGCUUCAUCCAGAUGCUCAACUUCCCGUCUCUCUGAAAAUCCAUCCUAGAUUUUCUUCUAGCCCCCAAUAACAGGGUUGACUAGUGAGCUCAAAGGCAGCCUAGAUUACAUACCAACUCUACCUUAAAUUUUUUUUAAUGCUGGUCAUAGGCUAGCAAGAGAGCUCAGGGCUGAAGGUAUUUGGCAUCAAGCACAAGGACAGGAGCUUCAUCCCUAGGACACACUUCGUUCAAGGAGAACCAGCACCUGCAAAUUCUCUGACUUCCCACGUGGGCGCUGAACAAACCUAACAAGUUUUCUCUUUGGGUUUUUUGUUGUUUUGCUUUUACUUUAGUCUUUGUUUUGUUUUGAGACAGGGUUUCUCUGUGUAACAGUCCUGGCUGUCCUGGAACUCGCUUUGUAAACCAGGCUGGCCUCAAACUCACUGAGAUCCACCUGCCUCUGCCUCCCAAGUGCUGAGAUUAAAGGCGUGCACCACCACCACCCGGCUCUGUUUUGAGACAGGGUCUCGCUAUGUAGCUUUGACUGGCCACCAACUCACAGAGAUCUGACUGCCUCUACUCUUGCAUGCUAGGACUAAAGCGUAGCUUGGCUUAAUUUUUUAAAGAAGUGCUGGUCCUUUAACUGCUUCCACUUAACCAAUGAAGAAAUGGUUGUUGACACAGUCACUUUCUUAGAUCAAGCAGCUAUUAGCAGAGUCAAGGCCAAAGACUUGAGAGGCCAGGAGUUAACUAACGCUGGUACAAUGUAUAGCUGAGACGGUCUAUCCAGUCAGCAGCUUCCGUGAUGGUAGUGCUGUCUUUCAAAGUUGAUGGCCCUCCUGGGAUCUUUCAAUAACUAAGUCCCUGUACCCUACCUGUGGUCGAGUCAGUCUGGGAAGUUUUUUAAAGCUGAGUUAGGUGUGAUGGCACACACCUGUAAUCCUAGCAUUUGGGAGGCUAGGGCAGGAGACUGCCACAAAUUUCAGGCCAGCUUGAGGUACAAGCCUGACCCCUGUUUUAAAAAAACAAAGGGGAUGGAGAGAUGGCUGAGAGGUUAAGAGUGAUGGCUGAGCCAGGCUCAGGAAGCAGAUCUCUGGGACUAUGUUGUAUGGAGCGAGGGGCAGCUUCCCUGCCAUCCCAGCUCCUGGCUGCCUGGCUAGCUUAUGCCCUGAAAUAAUUACCCGGAAACUGUAUUCUUUUAAACACUGCCUGGCCCAUUAGUUCCAGACUCUUACUGGCUAAUUCUCACAUCUCGAUUAACCCAUUUCUAAUAAUCUGUGUAACACCACAAGGUGGUUUACCAGGAAAGAUCUUAACCUGCGUCUGUCUGGAGUGGGAGAAUCAUGGCGACUGCCUGACUCGGCUUCUUUCUCCCAGCAUUCUGUUCUGUCUACUCCACCUACCUAAUUUUCUGUCCUAUCAAAGGCCAAGCAGUUUCUUUAUUAAUUAACCAAUGAAAGCAACAGAUAGAUAAAGACCCACCUCCAUCAGGGCUACAUGAGGAGACCCCGUCUACAAAACAACACCCAUCCCGGCAAGGUGGCAUAAUGCCUUUAAUCACAUCACUGAGGAGGCAGAGUAUUUAUGGGUUUAAGGUCAUCUUGGUUUACAUAGUGAGUUCCAGGUUUGCCAGGGCAACAGGAAAACCUUGUCUCGAAACAAAACAAAAACAUCCACAAAUAUUAGGACCAACUUCUUUAAGAUCCCAACAUAGACUGAAAACCUGAAGCUCUCCAAGAAUCCUUGAGGUCUCCAGGCCUGGAGGGGACUGCUGAGACAUGAUGCCUUGCAGGCUGCACAACAGCUGGAUUCUUGGGUUCUCCCGGGUGAGACAACCUCCUAUACAUAGAGAAUAUAUAUAAACAAAGCUUUGUUCCUUUAGAGAACCUGUACUAGUAUCCUUGCGCAAGACUUGAACAAGAUCAAGUCAAGCCAACCAACAUUCCAAUAUAGAUGGGGAAAGUCUUUGAAGACACAGGUUUCUUCUCAGGAAAUCUAAUUUUUUGUUUGAUUAUUUUUUGAGACAGGAUUUGACUACAUAGCCCUGGCUGUCCUGGAACUUAAUAUGUAGACCAAGCUGGGCUUGAACUCUUCAUGAGAUCUGCCUGCCUCUCCCUCUGAAUGCUGGGAUUAAAUGUGAGUGCUACAAAACCUGACCUUUUUUAGGAAUUCUAGCUCACACCUAGAACUCACUGUGUGUCUCAGGAUGACCUUGAACUUUUGAAUCUCCUGCCACCACCUCCCAAGCCCUGGGAUCACAAGUGAAAGCCACCGUGUCUGUUGUUUUUUUUUGUUUUUUUGUUUUUUGUUUUUUUUAAACUUAACCAUGUGCAUGUUAUUAGGCCCAAGGGUCUCUUCCAUCCUUGUCAAGAGGUGUGCUAACCUCUCCUUUCAUACAACACCACCAUGUCUGUUUUAUGGGGUGCUGGAGAUCAACCCAGGGCUUUGUGCACGUUAGGCCAUCAGUCUACCCAGCUGAUCUACAUCCCAACCCCAAGUCUUCACUUUAAAAUUACAUUUAUUAAUUUACUUUGUGUCUGUCUAGAUCAGUGGGUAAGUUCUGGGAAGUCAGUUUUCUCCUACUCUGAGGACUCUAACUCAGGUCAUCAGUCUUAAAUUCCUUUACCUCCUGAGCCAUCUUGAAGCCCUGUGCUGUGUGUGGUAAAACCCCUCUGUAUGCUGUGAAUGUAUUUUAUUACCAUUUGUUAAUAAAGAAACUGUUUUGGCCUAUAGCAAAGCAGGAUAUAGCCAGGUGAGAAAUCCAAGCAGAUACAGGGAGAAGAAGGACAGAGUCAGGCAGAUGCCAGCCAGCCGCUGGAGCAACAGUGUACUAGAAAACAGGUAAUGCUAUGAAGCCACGUGGCAAAAUAUAGAUUAAUAGAAACGGGUUAAUUUUAAGUUGUAAGAGUUAGUUAGUAAUAAGCCUGAACAAUAGGCUAAGUGGUUUCUAAUUAUGUAUUAAGCCUCUGAAUGGUUAUUUUAAAAGGGACUAUGGAACCCGGUAGGACAAAAAAGCCUCCGAUUACACCCCUGCCCUUACUUUUUAUACAAAUUCCUUGAUUUGAAUUGUGAAGUUAUUACCAGAUUACAUCACUUUUCAGGGUCAGUUACAAUCAUCUUGAGAAGUACAGAAAAAACUUUGACAAGGGUACAUCAAUGCCUAAAUACACACUUUUUAAAAAAGAUUUAUUUAUUUAUUAUGUAUACAAUGUUCUGUCUAUAUGUAUGCUUACAGGCCAGAAGAGGGCACCAGAUUUCAUUACAGAUGGCUGUGAGCCACCACGUGGUUGCUGGGAAUUGACUUAGGACCUCUGGAAGAGCAGCCAGUGCUCUUAACCUCUGAGCCAUCUCUCCAGCCCCUAAAUACACACUUUUCAUUCUCUUGUCAUAGGUAUACAAUUUAAAAGAUUGUACACUGAGCAUAUGUACCUUACAGAAUUCCAUCUAAGUUAUGAACUCUCCUCAAAAAUGUCAUAUUCAACAACAUCUUAAAUUUAAGGAAGGGUUUGAUGAUAGAAGUUUCAAAAUAAAUAUGUAUUGACUUGACCUAUUUAUGACAAAAUAUUUGUUUAUAUUUUAGAUGUCAGGGUAAUGUAAC